GCCCUUUCUUUCUAGAUUGGAUAACUGGUUAGAAUUAAUCUCCCGCGCCGCACUAGAAGCUGCAUUUACAAUCUCACUCAAGAGAACACAUAGAUUGAUCCUCGCUCAGUGGACUUGUCUCUCUCGCCGAUCAUCAGCUGCCAUCGCGGGUCGAUGGCUAGUCUUCCAGCCAUAUAUGUCUCAAAGACCGCGUCGUGGCUCCCGAGUCUAUCCGACAAGUACUCAACCCUUCCACCUGAGCUACAUCUCCGCAUAGCGGACUACUUCGAUCCCUCCGACUUCCGAACGCUCAGUUUCGUCUCCCAUCGCUUCUACAACUUAUUCGCUCGAGAUGCCCUCAUCUCAGACCUCCAGGACUGCCUCAGGCGCGAGACAAUCCUCUACUCAUACACCACCAACUAUCCCUUCCACAAACUCUACAAGGGCUCUUUUGAGAGGCUGAAGCUCGAGCCGAAGUUCAAAUCUAAACCGGAACAGGUCAUCAUCCAACGACCCUUCGUCGUCCGCGACAUCUACUACACUUCGUCCGGCUCCGCCAACACCCCUCGAUCCAUCAAACUGAAGAUAUACCAGCCGCCGUUCUUUCGCAAAGAUUAUUACACCAAAGAUCUUGACAUUUACGUCGAUCACGACGACGAUGUCUAUCUCCUCCAUUCAGACUCCAACCGUCUGAGCUAUCAGUCGAAAGACUGGGAUCCUGGCGCUCCGGACCUCGAAGAGGAGAGGUUCAAGAUAGUCGAGUUAGAAGACAUGGUGGGGAAUGGGACGUUUAUUGGAAGGGUGACGGGGAAGAUGUUGAGGGCGAAUUGGCAGUGUCCUGAAUGUGGCGACGGGAAGUAUAUGUGCCCAGAUUGUGGCGGGUCUUGGGACAGUCCGAAACCAUAUAAGGCCUCCGGCGUCUUCGUUUUCUUCUUACUCCUCCUGUAUACCCAAGGUGCUGUUUUAUCGUUUUUAUUCCGCUUUCUGCGGCGGUGA